AUGAGAUUAGGUGAGGAAGCUCCAGCCACCUUCAUUGAGUGGAACUCCAUUUCAACACCCGUGGUUAGUAGCUCUGUUUUUUCAGCUAAAGGUGGCGAAUUGUUUCCUGCUCCAUCUCUUUAUAGAAGUAUUGUUGGCUCCUUACAAUAUGUCACAGUUACACGACCACAACCUGAAAUCGCUUAUGUUGUUAAUCGUGUGUGUCAGUUUAUGCAUCAACUUUCGCUUCUUCAUUGGCAAGCGGUUAAACGGAUCCUUCGUUACUUGAAAGGUGCACUACAUCAUGGUUUGUUGUUGUCUAAACCUUCUCAUCUUAAUAUCCAUGGAUUUGCUGAUGACGAUUGGGCCUCCAACCUAGAUGAUAGGAAGUCCACCUCCAGCUAUUGUAUAUAUUUUGGAGGUAAUCUUGUUACUUGGGGAUCCAUGAAGCAACACAUUAUUUCAGGAUCAAGCACUGAAGCUGAGUUUUGUUGCAUUGCUAAUGCUGCCACAAAACUUAUUUGGUUGCAUUCUCGUUUAAAGGAGCUGUCCAUUGUUUCCAAUAAACCUUCAGUAUUGUGGUGUGACAAUUUGGAGGCUGUACAUCUUAGUGCGAAUCCAACUUUGCACUUGCGAACAAAACAUGUUGAGUUAGAUAUUUACUUCGUUGGUGAUUUAGUUCUCCAAAAGAAGUUGGUUGUUAUGCAUCUUCCUUCAACUGAGCAGAUUGCAGAUGUGUUUACUAAACCUUUAUCAGCAAAAACCUUUCUUCCUAUUUGUGACAAGCUCAAUUUCUUUUCUCCCGAAGUCAUUGGCUUGGGGGUAUUAAGGUAG